AUGCUUUCUUCACUCAAGGUGAACCCCGCAGCUGCGAGGAUGGCGUGCGGGGCGGCCACUCGACACUGCCGGCUUAGCAGUUGGGCCAAGGCGCUCAGCUUUGCCAUCACACUGGCGCUUUUUUGUGCUCUUUGUUGUGAAGUUAGCGCGCUAGAGAUAGGCAAUUUUUUACCCGGCGACAGGAACAUGGAUGCCAUGGCUCGCUUUGCAUCUGUGAAGGCUUUGCAGGCUCUGCAGCGCGCGAUUGACGACCCUGAGCUGCAGAUAAAGGUGAUGUCUGCCCUCAUGCGUACGACGGACGGCUUUGACAUGUGCCAAUCGGCGCUAUACCGCUGCAACUCUGUGACUGGCGCUCUCGAAGAGGCCGUCAUCAAGGACAUGCGCAAUGGGACUGUGAAGUGGAGCGAGUACCCCAAGUCUGUGAAGCGGAUCCGCAUCACAGACUCAAGGCUGUCACAGCCACUUGUGCUCUCCAGCUUACCUGCAAACCUGGAGGAGUUCCUGGCGACGAACGUCGAGUGGCAAUCGAACUCGAUACUUCAAAACCCUCCAAGUGACGCAAAUUCCCUUACAAAUGGUGGCCUCGCUCAACUUCGCGUUUUACAAUGCAACCAGUGUGCUCUUGUGAAGGCAGAGGUGACGACAACGUCACCCCAGCUAGCGUCUCUUCACGUGUUGAGCCUUUCCGGCAAUCCGAACUUGACCGUCGAUCUCCGCGACCUGCCUCGCACCCUCUAUUCCCUGGAGCUCUCCCACACACAGCUGGUGCAUCCCACAGCCAAAGAAGUAUUGAAGGCUGCGCCAGCGUUUCUAUCGCGGCUGAACAUCAGCUUCACUGGUGUUGCCCUAACCUUCGACAUGCUGCGGUUUGCAAGCACGCAGCUAAAAAUGCUGGAUGUGUCCGGCCUGGGGAGCGGAGACCCGAAGUCACCUUUGUCUGUGUCUCAGCUGCAAAAAGUGUGCAGUGAAAGUGACUUCAACCCCGAAGAAUUGUACCUCACGAGCUGCAACCUGACAGGCAUCCUUCCUGACCUUCGCAACUGUGCAAAAUUGAAGGUGGUUGAUGUAUCGCACAAUCUCCUUGAGGGCGCCGCGUUCGCUGAACUCCCCAAGAUGAUAGAGUCGCUGCAUCUCAACAACAACGCGAUGCAGGGCACGCUGCGCACCCAAGAACUGCCGCGCACCCUGCGUUUUCUCGACCUCUCUGCCAAUCAGUUUACAGGUCAGCUCAACCUCUCGGAACUGCCGAAGAAAUUGGAGUACUUUGACAUUAGCCACAAUCGCUUUACAGGCAAUGUUAACCUGACGCAGCUUCCCGAGCCUAUCAAGUAUGUCUUCAUCCAGCACAACAACUUCACCGGUGUGGCCGACCUCAUCGACAUUCCACUUGGCAUUCGCUACAUCAUGAUUCACCACAACAAUUGGGACUACCGCAUGCCUGCAUCAUGA